CGGAAAAGGAAAGGUUACAAAAUUUUUUUGCAAACUUUGAUGGGCGUGUUACUAUUUGUUCUGACAUAUGGGAGGAUGAUUUUCAUCAUUUAUAUUAUUUGGGUCUGACUGCACAUUAUAUUGAUGAGGAUUGGAAUAUGCAUAAACGUGUUCUUGCUUUUCGUGAAUUUAAUGAUCGUCACACCGCUGAACAUAUUUAUAUUUUGAUUGAGCGUAUUUUAAUUGAGUAUAAUUUGAUUGAUAAGGUGUUUGCUAUUGGUUUCGAUAAUGCUACUAAUAAUACUGCUGCUAUACCUAGACUGCGUGAGUUGUGUGGUGCCAAUUCUUUGAUGGGUAGAUUUUUUCAUCAACGCUGUGCAUGUCAUGUUAUAAAUUUAUGUGUGCAAGACGGUUUAAAAGCGUAUAGAGAUUCCAUGGAGGUAAUAAAGGGGGGGGGGGGGUUAGACGUAUUUGGGGUAAUGGUCAACUUAGAUUAAAAUGGCAAAGUUAUUUGACUGAAAGAGGUGUGAGAUAUGUUGCUUUUCCUAAAGAUUUGAGUAUUCGUUGGAAUAGUACUUAUAAAUUACUUAAAGUUGUUCUUAGAUAUAAAGAACAUUUUCCUGCUUUUUUAAAAGAACAUGAUAACUAUAUUAUAAACGCGGCUGAGAUUGACACUUGCGAAAAAAUUUGUAAUGUUUUGAUAUAUUUUUUUAAUGCUACUGAAACUUUUAGUCAUGUUUAUAAACCUACCGCAAACCAAUUUAUUCCACAAGCUGUUAAUCUCGCCGAUGCUUUUAAAGAAUUUCAAAAUGCCGUUUUCGUUCAUUAUUUUUGUGAUCAUAUGAAGGAAAAGUUUUUAAAAUAUUAUGCGCAUAUUCCCCAUAUUUAUGGUAUUGCAUUUAUUCUCGAUCCUCGUUAUAGACUUGCUAAUUUGGAAGAUUGUUUCAACUUCUAUUAUCUUGCGUUUUUCGGUGAAUUUCCAAUGUAUGACGAUAACCCCAUAGAUCCGAAAACGGAAUACAACGAGGUUAGUACUUUAUUUUAUGCCUUAUUUAAUGAAUUUCGUGCACAAUAUAGCAACGCUCCCCCUCCCCCGUCACGAACAUCUUCAUAUAAAGGAAAAUCGAUUUUUAAAUCUGCAUUUGGCAAUCUUAUGAAAAAAACUAAAACAACUCACGUCAUUGAACAAAGCGCAUUAAAUGAGAUUACUUUGUAUUUAACAUAUGAAGUUGAUUUUGAAGAAAAUGAUGACUUUGACGUUCUAGACUGGUGGAAGUCAAAAGAAAGAACGUUCCCGAUUUUAGCACGGAUGGCUAAGCAAGUACUAUCAAUGCCGGUUUCAACAAUUGCUGUGGAACAAGAAUUUAGUUCGGCCGGCAACGUCCUAACGGCAUCUAGAUCGAGAUUGAGCGCGGAGUCUCUUGAGACGCUUAUAUGCUACCACGAUUGGUUGAAGGCCGCACGUAGAACUCAAGAAUUGAGCAUCACCCCCUCCCAAGAUUUUAUGGAUGACUCAACAACCGAUGGUGGCUCUACCUAUGCCAGAGAUUCCGAUUGAUUAGUAUUUUAGAAUGUAUUACAAAAUGUAUUUUAUAGCACUUGUCAAAUUUAUUUAUACUUGUACUUCAUAUUUCAAAAUUGUAAACUUGUACUUCAUAUUUCAAAAUUGUAAAUUUGUAGUUGUAGUUCAAAUUAAUUUGUAAACUUGUACUUCAUAUUUCAAAUAAA